AUGAACGAACAGCACGCAAAAGUGGUGUUCCUCCGUCGAUCGAGGUCGCGUGUCAAUUUGAUAUACAAUUCAACAGUAGCAGUAGCACAAAAAAAUUGCGAUUGACGUUUUAAAGAGCCAACGACUGGGUGGCCAGCCGGAACAGAAUAAAGGACAAUUAUCAAAAAAGAAAAACGAAAGAGUCAGUGUCUGUUGUACUUAUUAAAAAAGGAUACUUAGUGCAGCCAGGAUCGAUCAGGUGUGUGGAACAGGAACCGGUUCCGCACUAUCAAGGGAACCCACUGGUGCUUGGCUUAGUGGUGUCGAAAGUGAAAACUGUCCUAUCCGGAAGCAACGCCGUAAUUAAACCUAAAGACAUCUCAAUUACAAAAUAUUUAACAGCUCUCCAAAAAUAGAGUGCAUAUUAGAGUGAACGAUAAACCCCGAGUGGCAAGUGUGCGACGGUAGAGACAGACGUGUGGUGUGGAGCGUUUGCAUAGUGCACGGCGCGCGGAAAGGAGAGAACGCAUAGCGAGCGAAACCAAGUGGUGGCACCAGAAGCAGCAGCAACAGCAGCAAAUCUUGUCUUAAAACGGUUAAUAAGAAACAGCUAACGGCAAGGUCGUAUCUCGUGAAGUAGCCACAGUGUGUCGAUUGAGCAGCAAGCAGCAGACGAGGGCUGCUGCAGUCAGUGGAGUAGAAGACGGUAGAAACACGUUCAAAAGUGAAUGAAAGACGAAAAAUUGCGGUUCAAAAGAGAAGAGCAAAAAAAAAACUAUUCCCUCACCGUCGUCUGCAUCACCAUCACCGUCGUCGUUUGACUGACUGGCGGAGAAGCAGUGCAGGACUGAAAUCUAUUGUAGCCAUUUGAAUUAAAAUUGAAAGAAGUGAGUGAAUGAAUUUAGAGCGUGAACUAAAAACCAGUGAUCGGGCAAAGUGAGUGAGAAUUUGGUUGGUGAUAGCCGGGCGGAAGACGGACGCGAGCACAGCCACUCCUGUUGCAGAAGAUAUCCAGAAUAAUUACGAACACGGACACUGGGCCCAAGCGGUUUACGACCAAAGGGUCAAGGAAUAAUAAAAUAAACUGCGCCAAACGGAUUCCACCGGAGCUUUGGAUUAUUCGCCGCCAAAGAAGAGCACUGCCUACGGUGGUCGAGCAGAAGAAGAGAAGAGUGCAGCGGCUGGUAUUGUGAAAUCCGUCGCGCUAGAGACUGUGAUUUAAUAAAAGAGAAACUAUUUGCGGGGUUUGCGAGCGUGUACCCGCUCCCAAUAAGUGGCAUAGCAUCGAGUAGCAGCAACAUCAUCGAAAGUGAAGUGCUGGGCGAGAAGAUAUGAUAUAGAGACGGAAAUACGCACCCACAAGUUUUGUUCAUAAAAAAAUCUUUGUUAAAACGGUUCAAAAAUAACAGCGGACACUGCGUUUGCCCUGGGCGGGUACUGCUUUCGGUGCUGCUAGAAUCGCCGACAGUCGACAGCAGCGCAUACUACCACAUCAUGACUCUGCCAACCAACAACAACUCCAACUGCUCGGAGGAGGAUUCGGACAUCUUCGGACCGCCGCACACCUCGCCGCCGAUCCGCCGGAACCGCCCGAAAGUUCCGAUGAUUUCCGCCCAGCUGCGGAUGCGCGAGGUGCGCAAGCGGAUCCUGCAGCUGUGCGUCCACAAGCUGGAACGCAUCAAGGACUCCGAGCGCAACCUGCGCCGCUCGGUGUGCAUCAACAAUACCUACUCCCGGCUGACGGACGACAUCCGACGGGAGAAACAGCACAAGUAUCUUAUGCUGAACCAGUUAACCAAAUCUGACAGCAUUGACAAACCUGAUUCGGACAGUGCAAAUAACAAUAACCUCAACGUCAACAAUAAGAAUAACGAAAACCUAAACCAUAGCAACCACCUGCGAAAGCCAUCCGAUUUCACCGUGUCGAAAAACAACAAUAGCAGCAGUAUUACGAACAACAACAGCAACAAAUUCACCCCAACCGAAGAGUCCAAACCUGUGAAAAAGUCCUCCUCGGUAGACACCGAUCUAGAAACGCUGGAUCGCGAGCUGUGUGCCCUGGACGCCGCCAUGCCGCUGGUGGAUCCGGAAAUAACCCAAGGUGCCGAACAGCUGGAACAGGCGAUGGUCUCACGGAAGCGCAAGUUUUCCCAGAUGGACGACGAGGACAACGACCGGUUGGUGCGGGAAGCGCUCUCUCAGUUCUAUCUGCCCAGCAAUCGGCUUCUCUCCGGCAUCGAUGACUGUCCACCGCACCUGCUAAACUCAACCCCCUCGGCGGUAGUACCUCUUUCGCCCACCGUCGUCGACGCUAAACGUACCAAAGUGGAUCUCCUUGACAGCGGCAGUACGGUGCAUCAUCAUCACAACAGCAACAACAACAACAGUAGCAGCACCAGCAGCAACAACAAUGCCAGCAACAGCCAUCACCACCACCAGCACCACCAUCAUCAUCAUCCCUUUCACUCGCUACCGGAUCUGAACGUGGCGCUUGAGCUUUCGAACCAAAACCACCACCACCAGCACCAGAAAGACUUUGAGGUAAUCAUGGACGCACUGAGGAUAGGAGCCGCCGCUGCCGCUGCCGGAAACGGUAUGACCGGACCGGGAGGGACCGGUUGCAACCUCGUCGGUAACAUCGACUCGUGCGGCCAGGCGGCAAUGAUGAUGAUGAGCGGCGAGACUGGCAGUGUGUUCCAUAACCUGGUGGUGACGUCGCUGGAAACCUGAAAGUAGGCCACGGUGAACAAACUCGGUACCUCCCCGUUAGUACAAUCCUGGAAGAUCCACAGCAGCAGCAUUAGCCAUGGCAGUUCCACCACCUCCUCCACCACCAACAUCAGCAGCAGCAGCAGCGGGGAACAGCAUUAUCAAUUGCCUACGACUUUCGGUGACAUCUGCUAUAAUUGCCUUCAAAUGCAUUGAUCUUAACCUCUACGCCUGGUAACCAGAGUGGAACAGCAACAAAUAGCAUCAUUAUUUAAACACAAUUCGUUAGCAUUAUCUAUCAGCAUAUUUAUAUCAUUUUCCUUUUUUUAUUAUUUUGAAAACAACAUCAACGCACACACACACGUUCGCGCACACUGUCCGAAUGCUUUCGUAAUGGGGGGAUUCGCCAGCGUCGUUCGCUUUGAUUGCGAAAAUUGCUGACUAGAAGCAGUGAUAGCACAAGCACUAACACAAGCGCAGUGCAAUCGCAGCAAACGUAGGCAGGCAAAACUGACUGGGCGGCGAAACGUGUGUGAAGCAAACGGGCAGAAAAACAACCCAUCCAAGGCAGCCAGUGGCAGGCAAGCAAGCAAGCAAAGGCAGAGCGCGAGGAAAAAUGCAAGUGAAAGUGCUAGAAAAACUAACUUAGAGCGUGCCUUGCGCUUAGCUGCUCGCGGUUGGGAUGGUUUCGCGUUUUCUAGCUGCUGCUGCACCACCUCCCCAUGCCAACGAACCAACCAACCGAUGGAUGGGGGCGGUUGGGCGACAAGGCUGGAGAAUGGAGCCACGAAAGACGGGUAGAAAAAAAAACUAGUUAAAAUACCGAUCCAAAGCACCGGUUGAGUAAUCCGAGUGGCCUCCCCCCCGUUCGACAGCCGCGUAACAAGAGAAGCAAAGAUAGCUUGCUUUGUUUUCGAUAGAUUCUAACUUAAGUUUAGUUUUGUAGUUGCCAAAAUUAGUAACGUUUUUGUCACACAGGAACAAAAACACAUAAACUCGCAAUCAUUUUCUUUAAAUCCUCGUAUAAAGCACGUGAGAAGCUCGCAACAAACGGAAGCCUCGGUACGCGGCUUGCUUUCCUCUCUUUCACUCUCUUUUUGCUGACCUACAAACUGCUAAGUUGAAGAUGAAAGUUUCCUUUUAGUAGUAGCCAGUGUACGGCCCACAGCGUUCGCGCACACAUACAUACACACACACACGUGCACGCACAUACCCACAAACAUACAUAGGCGAGCGCGACUGGCAGGCAAACAACAAUUGGAAUGGGGGAAAAUUAUAGUAAACAGUAUCUGUGAUAUUAGCCGUAAGGUGCGUAAGUUAGGGCAUAAUUUAGUGAAGAGUGCGACCGAAAGUAAUUUCGCGGUUCGCAGGCAGUAGCAACAAAAAAUAAAAUGCUUGCUUCAUCAUGUAUGGAACAAGCCGGAUUGAGAUUGAAGCAGAAGAAGGUUUGUUCAACCAUACAACAAUCGAACAGAAAUCAAAACCAAACUAUUCCAAUAUCUAAGCAAAUGAGCAAAAAUACUUGAAACCGAAAGCGCAAUUUCGCCUUUUCUAUUUUAUAUAUAGUUUUUCUCGUUGGAAAAUUACUUUGAAUAGACCGUUUCUAAAUUCGUAGAAUUUAAAACCAUUUAGUGCGAAGAAGGCAAGCCAAGUGAUUAAAGACCAAGUAGAAAGUGUACACUGUUAGGUUUCAAACUAUAUUAAGUACCCUUUAUACCGAAUACUAACUAAUCCAUAGAUUGCAAAUGGACGAUGAAUGUGUGUGUACAGUAAAUCGAACCGAAGUCGAUAGUGAAAGUAAGACCAAAGCGUAAAAAAGAUCCUCCUCUUUCCAAUGUUUAAGAAACUCCUAACACUUCAGCCAAAAUCCAAAAAUGAUAGGACCACAGACACAUUGCCCUAGUUUUUAUUUCUCAGCUGUUGGAUGCCGGGGGAGUUUGUUUCAUAAUUGCAAAUUUAUUUUGUCUAAAAGUAUUUACUAAUCCGCAAAGCAAAUCGAUUAGGAUUGCAUAGCAUUCCUCUAGUAGAUCUCCCUCCUAUUGCCUCUCUUUUACUGUCCCUCCCCAUGGGCAUGUUUGUUUCGUUUUCCAUGAUCCGCGAGGUUUCGAUUGCAGAAAACAUAUUUGAAGCAAACUAAAAAACAAAAAUCAGUAUAGUACAGCAAUGUACUUAAGCGGGGCGACUUAGUAUGCAUUUCGUCGAAAGAGAAUCUUUGUUCAGGACCAAAACUACUAUUUAACUUCCAAACAAUAAGAAAGUAAAGAAGAAAAACAGCUAAAAUAACUCUUUAAUACAGCAUAAUCGACUGGUCCUUAGGUACCAAGCCUCAUAGAAACGACAGAAGAAAAAAACCUGUAAAAUAAAAACCCAAAGUGCUUGAAUUUGUUGAAUUGAGACGCACCCACUAUGUAUAAAUUGUAAUUUUGUACACUGUGAAUUCAGUAGCGCAUAUUUUUAGAGGAUUGACAAUUACAACCAACCGUUGUUUCACACGAUUGAGUUUACUCGAUAGGGUUUUUUUUUUGUUCUUUAAUUUUCCCAUUUAGAUAAAACAAAAAUGUCCCCUUCACUCACUCACUCACUCUCUCUAUCUCUCUUUUUCUUUUUCUCCACGCGAGCCAAAACCCACCAAGCCACUGAAUCGAGCCAAUUUUUCCUAGAGCCAGAAACUUGUUUCUCAUUAUAGUUAACUUUUAAUCAAACAACAACAAAAACCAAUGAUGAUCAUUGUAAAACUCAUUCCAUUUGAGUGCGCGGUCGACGACUAUGCUACCUUAGUAGGUAGGUCGGUUGCGAGCGAGUAGGAUUUCACUCAGUUAAAACCACAAAUGUUUAUUUUUUUUAUCGUUUUACCAACCAUUUUCGAUUGGACCCUGCCCAGCAGUUACCUAAAAACUAAUUUCGAAAGAGGGCUUCCAGCCCCGCCGAUUGUGAACAGAAAGAAGAAGAAGACAAAAAAAAUGUAUGUGUCAAAAGUGGCUUAUAAAAUCCUUAACCCAGAAGAUGACGACAGUAGCCUUAUCCUGUUAGCCUAUUGCAAUGUUUUGUUUAGCCAUCGACAACAGAUUUAGCAUAAUUGUUAGUUUUUUUGUUUGUUUUUAUUUUUCACAAAGCAAACAGUCUCCUGCUUUGGCAAAUCAUGUGCAACAUCUUUUGUAUUUAUUCGUUUCUUUAUCCUCAGACUUUUUCCUAGUUUUUAUCUAGAACAGUUUCCGCGUUUUUAUCUAAUUAAUUUAUGCAUUAUAUUAUCGUUUAGUAGCUGUGUACGAUUACUAUAGUAAGAUUAUUGUAAACGAUGGCGAACGCAGUACCCGUGUUCUUGCUACAAUCUAAAUUAAAUAUAUGCGAAAAAUCUAUAAAUAAAAAUAACAAACAUAUACAAAUAA